GUCACAGAUGCCCCGCCCAAUGUCAGUGGUCGUGUACCAAUACACGAUGAGCUGCCCAAGCGAUGUCGUCUUUUCGCCUGCCUAUUAAAGCUAAAAUGUAAAUAAACUGCAAAGCCCCACGCAAAUCGGAAUGAAAAUCGAGUACACGAAGCGCGUGCCAUGUAGCUUCAGCCACUUAAUGUGAAAUAUAAAUCAAGUUCAAACGAGGGAACGAGACGUUCGCGACACAUAUUGAGACGCAGCCGGCGCGCCGUGAACACGCUCAAAUAAUUUGGCGGUUAGAAGGAAGUUGUUUCGCUUUUUAAUAAACAUUCCGCAGCCGGCUAGGCUGCUGCUCUAAAAAAAGCAAGAUGUCCAAACUCCACAAGACAAACGGCAAAUAUUUAUGGUGGUGUCUCCAGAGUCUCGAAUUCAAACCGGAUGUCCCAGCAAAAAACAUUAAACAUCUUAAUCUGGGAGUGAACAUGUUUGAUAAGCCAAACAAAGAAGCUUCCUAUAUUGUCAUCCACUUUUUGUUUGAGAAACUGAAUCCCACUCGUGUUCAGGACGUUUUCAGACAUUGCUGGCCUAUAUGGGAUCAUAAAUGUGACGCCGAGUUUCGCAGGGUGACUUUUGGAUGGCUUCAAGAAAUAGCGAAUGAAGAAGGUAGCGCUUUUCCCAAGGUGGCUGCGUCACAUUUGCUUUCCUCUUCUGGACCAAGAUUUAUCAACUUGAUGCUUCACUUAGCCAAACAUGUCAUGUUGAAAACACUGAAGACAUUUGCCAUAGAUGGCACGUGGGUCCCAGAAGCUGCUGCAAUUUCCUCAAGUUCACACGAGCUGGAGAUGAAAAGAUUUCAGGUGGUGAAGAGACAGUUUCAGAGAGUGACUGUCGAGCAGGACCGUCUCAUUCAAGACUAUCAGAAAAGAGCAAGAGGUUUGGAGAAGUCUUUGAGGGACCUUGAUGCAGAAGAUGCCAAAUAUGAACAUUUACUUGCGGAACAAGUUAGUAACACAGAUUUGGAGGAAGAAAUUGUUGCGAAAAUUCAGAAGGUGCGUGGGCUUUGGGCUGAGACGGACAGAGUUUUGUCCACCCUCGAGGGAGAUGGAAAAGCAGUGGAGAGUGUGAUCCGUGGACAGGUGGACCGGUACACUUUAGAUGGGCAGGAUCUCAGUGUCAAGAUACCUACGGUUCUGCGUGAAAGACUGGAGCGGCUGUCACACCAGUCCAGUGUUGGUAACUUGUAUGAGGCAGGACAGCCUGUUCUCCUGCGUCUGCUGGAGGUUCUGAAUGAGGGCUUAUGUCUCCUUCAUGAGGAGAGAGAGAAGAUCGCAGGAACUACUACACAUCUUCAUCACCAAGAUCUCCAGGAACAGGCUUUGCUCUUCAGCCGUUCCAAAGAAAACCUCAAGAUCAUAAGGAGGAAACUUGUCAGAGAGGAUGCAGCAGAUAUCAAAAGCUCCAUUCGGAGGCUGGAGGAGAACUGGGAGAAAAAGUGGGCAGAGUGUUUGAAAAACACACCUCUGGUUUCUUUUUUGAAAGAAGAGCCUAUUCUUGACUUUGUUUCUCCAAUGGCUCCUUUGUCAUUUGAGCCAGCUUCUGAGGCUAGCUUUAAAGCUAGUAUCAUCUCACAAUAUCACAAGUUACCUGAGCCGCUAGAAGAGACGUCUAACAGAAGACCUAAGGUGGAGGAAACGCAAGUCUAUUCGGAACCACAAGUCCACCUGGAGCUGGAAUUCAAAAACACCUCAUUGCCAACUGAAAAUACAAGGCCGCUGCUUUCCUCUGAUGGUUUAUUUUCCCCAAGAACAGAAAUUCCUUGUAAGGUUCCUCCAUGUGAAACUCCUUUGACCUGCCCAGUCAAAGUUCAACCUGUGGUCCAGACGCCCAGUCCAGUACGGGCCAGCCGCAGGAAAUCUCUGCUCUCAAAGAAAAAGUCCUCGAUCAUAAAGAACAAGGCUCAGAUUCUAGAUUUGGAAUGUGACAACUUGGCCAAUCAAGUUGCAGAUGCUGUGAUCAUGAGUCCAGUCAAUGGAAGGAAUGACGUGGACCUGGGGCAGUUACUCAACGCAAUAUCUGACCCGUUUUCAUCUAGGAAACAGCUCUGUCGCACACCUGAAAGUCUGAUUAAGGAUGUAAGAAGUUCAUGGAGAAAAGCUAUGGAGGAAGGCAUGACCGAGAAAAAGCAAGCUUCUUGGACUCAAGACAGCCUGUCUUGGCUUAAGAUGCCUCUUGCCAAGACUGAGGUGAACGGAUCAAGUCCAGAGCCAUUGCUUUUAUUUGACAAUUCAGCUCCUCUGUGCACUUUCCCUUCUGUCCAGCAGGGGGCAUCAUUGCACUCAACUGUGUCAUGGGACUCCUCACAGCUGGAGGAUCUCAACAACCUAAGCUCAAGUGAUGUUAUUAAAUUCAGCAUUGCUCACGAGGAGCUUCCAGAACUCUUUGAGGACGAGAUGUCAUUUGACAGUGAAGGGUCAAUGGAGCACCAGGGUAACAAGGAAAAUGAAGAACUCCUGCUGCCUGUUGCAUCACAUUCUCCUGAUGGACAAAGUCCUCUACUGUUGUCAUUGGAUGCCACUUUAAAUAAAGACUCGUGUAUCAAGUCUGAUUUUAUAACCCCAGUACAUUCACAGAAGACUUCAGGGAUGAACCUUUGGGGUAGGGAUGAAACUUUAUUUUCUCUGGAUUUGGACCAGCUCGAGAACGUCUCUCCUCCUCCUGCAGAGAAACUCACACUGCCUAAUUUAGUUAACUUGAGUUUAGAUGAAUACUAACAUCUUAAUAAAAUGACUCUAAUGGUUUACAUGUCUGUAUUAUGUGGCGUAUCUGCUAAAUAUGAUUUCUUAAUGUACUUCACUUGCUCUGAUGAAUCACAGUGACUUUGCUGUUAAACACUUGUAAUGCUACUGUCUGUAAACUAAUGCUUGUGUCAUUCCUUCAUACCACAUGCUUUUCUACAUGAUUUAUAACGGUCUUAACCAAAUGUUUAGUAUGCUCUAAUGAACUAAAUUGUGCCCUCAUACAAUGUAAGAGGUGAAUGAAAAAUGUAGAUGUGGUACAUCUUGUAAUAAAGGAUAUUUUUGC